AUGCUGCUCAGCGAUGCUGAGGCCAAGAUCACGGCGGUGCUGAGGUCACUUCACGACACCCCACGCACCACCUAUGAGGUGGAGAACCUCUAUCGGUUGAACUGCGAGCGCAUCGCCGCCGUCCGCGCAGCACUCGCUGACAUGAGUGGUGACUACGUCGAUCAACUGCGCGAGAGGUGCGACGAGGCAGAAAAGCAGGCGCAGGCGAAGCGCGCCGCCGGCGUGGCCAACACGGCCGCCACUGACAACGCCUUCUCCCUCGACUUUGCUCUGGAAGAGGCGGAGGGGCAGAACGAGGCGGAAAUCGAGUCGGCGGUGGCAGCGGCAGCGCACGGCAGCAGGCGACCAAAGAAGUCAAGUGGAAAGGAAAAGUCCAAGAAGAAAGACGGGGAGGAGAGGCACAAGAAGGAGAAACGGACUUUAGAUGAUGUGCCACCCGUAGCUCCACACCCUGCCGGCGGGGGCAGCUGCGAGGACAACGCUGCUGACAAGGCUACCUCGUCUCAGUCGACGAGGUGGGUGGUGCUGUCCCGCGAUGACGACCUCAUCAGCAACGAAGUUCUGCCCGCGCUGUCGACAAGUGGUCGAGGAAAGUGCGAGGAAGUGCCAAACACUUCUCUGGCGCGAGUCUUUUUCACUGAGGAAGUGACCUGGGAGGGCGCAUCGUGCCAGUGCGCGGUGGAGCUCUACCGGUGCGUGGUGAUCGCCAUGACGUACGGCGAGCCGCAGCUGAGCUGGGCGGAGUGCGAGAAAAUAAUGCAGUCUCAAGCAGCGGCGGCAUCAAAAGCAGGCGACAUCAAGGAUGAGUGUUUCUACCCCCCCUCUGUGAAGUGCGCCGGCCUCAGAUCGCCAAAGACAUCCUCGGAUGGCGACGGUGAGGGCACCGAAGACGACAGCGCGUCGUUAAUCGAGGACAUGACCCUAUCAGAGCAGCUGAUCGCCCAGUACGAUCAAGCACAGCAGGCGGAGGAGGAGGAGGCUGACACAUUGACCCUCCCGCGCAACGUCUCAGAGCGCUUUCAGCAGCGUCUCCGUGGCUUCACAGAUGAAGUGUGGGUCAUUCUUCUCUGCCACGGCGGGUAUUUUGCCGGCGGUAUCUUUGCGAGAGGCACCUGCGUCACUCACAAGGCGUUUCAGCGCUAUGUAGUCCGCAAGAAGCAAGGCGGCAAGCAGUCCUCGAAUGCGAAGGACACGGGGAGCUACAACAGCGUCGGGUCCCAAAUCCGCGCCGCACAGGAAGUCAAGUGGCGCGUGGAAGUGCGGGACAUUCUGCUGGACUGGAUGCCCUACAUCCAGGCCGCUUCUUUUAUCCUCUACGCCGCCCCAGGCCCUCAAAACAGAGCUGUUCUAACCGACUUUUCCCUCCUCCCCGCGGUGGCGUCGGUCGGAGGCAGCAAAGGUGUCUCGCCCAUUCAGCUGAAGGACCCGCGAGUGAGCCGAGUGCCACUCACGACGCACCGACCCACCUUUGAGGAGGUGCGGCGCAUCUAUGGCGUAUGCUCACGCUGCAGCUUACUAUACGUGAGACAGGAAGAUGCGUAA